AUGGGGGUUUCCACAGCCAAUUCCUCGAAGUAUACACCAAAAGCAUCAGCGGACGAUGAAUCACUGGAUAGCGCAACUACGAGUGCUGGUAAGACUGAAAAACUUGGCUUGCAAACAUCACAGAAUCAUUCGCAUUCAGGAGCGAAACAAACUUUCAGACGACCAGCUUCUCCAGCCUUGCGAAAGCCAGCCCUUGUUAGCUCGUCUCCUUCAGCCUCUUGUCACAUCAGGCAUCGCUAUCUUUCCAAGCUAGGGUUAGCCGGUAGUUCUUCUUCUCCGACUAAAGCUCAAAUAAACACAAGUAACAAGAUUCAGGAGAAGGUGAUUGGGAUUCUGAAAACUAAAAAUUCGAAACCUAAAGCAGCGCCGUUGACCGCACCAAGCGUAUCCUUCAAGACACUGGUGUCGAUUCGUUGCAUUCCUGAUCGAAAUCAAUAUGACAAUCGACAAGAUCUUUGGAUUCAAAAAGAAGAAUUUGAAGAGCUGUUCCACCGAAACUGCAUGGAAUACGCAGCCGAUGGAUGGAACUGGGAAAAUGCCACGGAAGAAUCUGAGUUUCUUCUUUACGAGAAUGAACUCGUUCAUCCUGUACACUUUCAGGGACAGACUUGCAAUAUGCAACGUCAAUUUUUGAUGACCAUGUACGCUCAACGGGAAUCCGAUGUCUAA